AUGGCGACUUCAGUUGAGAUCGCUUCUGCGCCCACUGUGGACACUCCUGGCACUUGUCUCUUUGUCCACAGUGAGAGACGGGCAUAUUUGUUUGGCCGACCCGAAGAAGGGACUCAGCGCGCUUUCCAGAGCAGGAGACUAGGAAUGGGAGCAACGGAACAGGUCUUUCUCAGCGGCAGUGUUUCAUGGGAGUUGGUAGGAGGUCUGUUCGGCUAUGUUCUCACGGUUGGUGGCGUACUAGAAGCUAGCAGAGAACAAACUGCAGUGAUGAAUGAGGAAAGGAAGAGUAAAGGUCAGAAGUUGACGAAGCAGGCUGCUUUUGAAACCAUUCACAUCCACGGUGGCGAGAAUCUGAACCACACUUUGGCCGCAUGCCGUCCCGUCAUCUUACGACAGCCGAUUUCCGUGCGCACGCAUGAGCAUAGAGAAAACCCUCGGCUUGAGAAAAUCGAGAGCAUAGAACCCGACUGGAAAGACGACGUGCUUCGUUUCAAAGAAUGGUCACCACUUUCGGACCCUGAAUAUGCGUCCACUCUUGUUGAGAAGGUCAUGUUCAAUGGAAAACUCAAAGGCAACGGUAUGCUUAUCCCCGUCAAGCUGAGCGAGGUCAAGCCCAGGGAUACGGUCUUUACACGCCAAAAAGGCGAAAUAAAACUGUACAAGGGCCCGAGACCUGGCGAUGGGUCAGAACUGACAGGACCGGAUCAAACUGUUUGGGUGUUCCCCGAGAAGGAGGCUCAAAUUGAUCGCAGCGCAGAUAUCAUCAACGUGACACAUCGACGACUGCCCCCAACAAUCUACAGCCAAAGCUCUAUGUGCUAUAUCGUCAAAUGCCUCGAUCGUCGCGGGAAAUUCAACCCUCAGAAGGCCAAGGAGCUUGGGGUACAUGUCACUGACUUCAGGCAUUUGACUGCGGGGAGCACUAUAGUGACAAAAGAUGGCGUCACUGUAACUCCUGAGCAGGUCCUUGGCGAGACUCAGCCUGGUCAAGGAUUUAUCCUCGCUGAUAUCGAGUCUCGCGAUCUUAUCGACUCUUUCAUGGAGCGACCUGAAUGGUCUAAUUCUGAAUUGAUGUCUCAUGUGGCUAUCGUGUACUGGAUUCUCGGCCCUGGAAUAGCAGACGAUGCUAGAAUUCAGAAGUUUGUGGAUGAGCACCCCACGAUGAAGCAUUUCUUUUGUGCUCAAGACACCUGCCCCAAUAUGAUCUCUCUGGCUGGACCUGGGCAGUUACAGACCAAGCUACGGAGGAUCGACCCUGAGAGAUUCACUCUCCUCAAGUACGAUAACGAUAUCAAGGGAGCCAUGCCAAAUGGAUCACAAGUUGAGUCUGGCCGGAUAGGAAACAAAAUUUCGCUCAUGCCCCGACUCAAAUUUGGCGAAGGCGAGAUUGCCCCGUUUCCUGCUCUCGGAGAGGCAGCUCAGUCUGUCAGUGAUGAGAUUCUCGAAUUAGCACGAAAGGCUCGUGAAGAGACAUCUGAUCCUGAGUUUCUGCGAAAAUUGGAAGAGGAUGAACAAGAUAUUCCCAGCCGCGAUGCUGAAAUCAUCCCCCUUGGAACUGGCUCUUCAAUCCCAGGCAAAUAUCGCAAUGUUUCGUCAACACUGAUUCGGGUGCCUGGUAUUGGAAACUAUCUUCUCGAUGUUGGUGAGGGCACUUUGGGUCAAAUCCGACGUCUCUUUGGAGAGGAGGAAACUGGAAAUAUCCUCCGAGAUCUCAGGUGCAUUGUCAUCAGCCAUCUUCACGCUGAUCAUCACCUUGGUACUCCCAAUUUGAUCAAAGCUUGGUACGAACACACCAUUGAAGAUACCAAUGCCAAGUUAGCUGUAUCUUGUGUAUCAAGAUACAAGGCGCUCCUGGAAGAGGUCUCUCAAGUCGAGGAUAUUGGUUUCCACAGACUACAUUUCCCCAAUUGCAAUAGCACCAAGCCCGAUAAGCUCAACAACGGUCGCUUUGUGAUCAAGAACGGCGACUUCGGGCUCCGUGCUAUCAAGCGCAUUCCAGUUCCUCACUGCUGGCUCUCCUACGGAACAGAACUCGAGCUCACAUCCGGUCUCCGCAUCGCAUACUCAGGUGACUGCCGUCCCUCAGACGAGUUUGCACAGGAGUGCGAAGGUGCCCACCUACUUGUUCACGAGUGCACGUUCGACGAUGACAUGUUGUCUCACGCUAAGAAGAAGGGCCACUCUACGAUGGGCGAGGCACUAGAGAUUGCGCGCAAGAUGAAGGCUCGAAGGACGCUGCUCACGCACUUCUCGCAACGCUAUGUCAAGGCUGAUUCGUUGAAGAGAGACGAGAGAGGUCGGGCUGGUGAGACGCUCAUGGCUCUUGAUCUCAUGAGUAUUAAGCUGGGAGAUUUCAAGAAGGCGGCUGCUUUCCAGCCUGCGAUUGCUAUGCUCAUGGCAGAUGCGGGUGACAAAUAA